AUGGCAACAGCUGCCGCCCAGGAACAAAUUAUGAAGAAAAACAUCCCUGACGCUUCCCAGGCAUCAAAGGAAAUUCACUUGGCUGCCGGUGGGACAGACAUUGGGCCUCUUUCCACCCUCUGUGCUUGUGCAAGAAGCAGGCUUGUCACCGACCUGUCCCCGUGGCCUGCUGUGGGGGAUUUCUGUGUUGGCCACUCCUAUGUGGGCACCCUAUCCGAAGCCUACCCAAGCCCCUGGACUUAUACGUGGGCCCCCUGGGGCAGUUGUCUCUGGAUGGGGCAGCUUAUUACUGUGCCCUCAGUGUGGUCAGGGGCCGACUCCAGCUCUGAUCCCUGUGUGGAAAGCCAACACCUCACUUCCAUAGCCAACAGCAUAUUUCCUUUUCUCAGGGAGACCCCAUCUGCCUCCCCCUCCGUCAGUCUCGGUCUGGCUGGGGAAACCUCCAGGCCCCAGGUGGAAGGCCAGACCUCAGCCAGCUCCACUCCCAGGACUGCAGAGGGGAGCUCACCUAAAAAUUCUCCAUCGGAAUGGCCCUCCAGCUUUGACCUUGGGUGCCCCAGGAUGCCCUCCAGCCCAGACUGCCACCAUCUGACCCCUCCCCCCACCCAAGACCCUGAGCCUGGAAUCCCCAGCCCCGGAAGCCCUUGGCACAGGGUCCGCCGUCGCCUCUUUGAGCGCUGA